AUGUUUGACACGACCUCACCCAACCAUCUCAACCAUCUCAACGGCGAGACUCUGCCGCUGCCUUCUCAGGUCAGCAUCUCUGAGAUGGUGGGAGGAUUAGCAAUGCCGGCGUUCGGAUUGCAGAUCAGCGGAGCGGCGGUCCGGGUAGCGUUAGCGAGCGGUGUUGGACUGGCAUUCUCGCUCUUGGUCGACGGAGCUCCUCGGGCUGUGUUUGGAGUUGGCUUCGGCAGAGAGGAAGGAGCGCUGGAGCCAAGACACACGGAAAAAUUCAGCCUCGACAGCGCAACACCGGACGUGCAGGGCUGUGCAGCGGUGGGGCUGUGGAUCGUCUCGGGAUCUACGCUACAGCACAAGACGCUGUUCCAAGCUCGUCUCGGUGCUUGUCAGGCCUGCUUCGGAGUAAUGCGAUCGGAAUUGCCGUCGACUGCAAUGCAGGUCGGAACGUUGGAUGGCCGCCCCAAAGGGACACGGCGAGAAUUCGGUGGAGCCGCCGCGCCACGCACCGCACCGAACCGCACAACCAACUCUGGCAUUUGCGACCCACCCACGUGCCUUCGCCCCCUCUACACCACUUUGCUCCACACCACCAUCCUGUACACCACCUCACAACGUCCGAACGGCCUCUCGUUCCGCUUAAUCUGCUUCUUUGCGCAUAUUCUCGUCGACAUACACCCGCUCCACAUGUCGGCCUUCCAGUCGACGCCGCAGCGCACUCCAUACAACGUGCUCAACCAGACCUUCCUCAUCGACAAUGCGUACGAGAUCACAAAGGAUCUCGGCCAGGGCGCCUACGGCUGCGUAGCCGCCGCAACCCACAGGGGCACGGGCGAGAGCGUCGCCAUCAAAAAGAUCACCAACGUCUUCACCAAAAAGAUCCUCACCAAGCGCGCAUUACGCGAGAUCAAGCUCUUGCGGCACUUCCGCGGCCACAAGAACAUCACCUGCCUCUACGACAUGGACAUCAUCGACCCCGUCGGCUUCAACGAGGUCUACCUCUACGAAGAGCUCAUGGAGGCAGAUCUCCACGCCAUCAUCCGCUCCGGUCAGCCCCUCUCCGACGCACACUUCCAGUCAUUCAUCUACCAGACCCUCUGCGGCCUCAAAUACAUCCACUCGGCCUCGGUGCUCCAUCGCGACCUCAAACCGGGCAACCUGCUCGUCAACGCCGACUGCGAGCUCAAGAUCUGCGACUUUGGCCUCGCGCGUGGAUUCGAGACCGACCCCGAACUCGCCAAGCAGGCGGGCGCAGGCGGCUUCAUGACCGAGUACGUCGCCACGCGAUGGUACCGUGCACCCGAGAUCAUGCUCAGCUUCCAGAACUACACCACCGCCAUCGACAUCUGGUCCGUCGGCUGCAUCCUCGCCGAGCUUUUGGGCGGUCGACCCAUCUUCAAGGGCCGCGACUACGUCGACCAGCUCAACCAGAUCCUGCACUACCUCGGCACGCCGAGCGAAGAGACGCUGCGACGCGUGGGCUCGCCGCGCGCGCAGGACUACAUCCGCUCGCUGCCCUACCAGCCGCGAAUCCCGUUCCAGCGCCUGUAUCCGCAGGCGAAUCCGCUCGCACUCGACCUGCUCGAGCGCAUGCUCGAGUUCGACCCUGCCAAGCGCAUCUCGUGCGAGGAGGCGUUGCAGCAUCCGUACCUUGCGGUGUGGCACGAUCCCGCAGACGAACCCGUCUGCCCGCGCAAGUUCGACUUUGGCUUUGAGGCGGUCGACGAGGUGGAGGGCAUGAAGACGCUCAUUCUUGACGAGGUGCGCAGCUUCCGCACCGAGGUGAGGCGGCAGGCGAGGAUGAUGCAGCAGCCCAAGCGACAGGAGUCGCUGCCCAUCCCCACGCGCGAGGACAUCCAGCGCAGCAGCCCCACCGACGCCGACAAUCCAGGUUACGCCCUGCUCGGUGCAAGCACAGGCAUCAUCCACGGCGCAUCCAACUCGGAACACGCAAGUGGCAUGCUCGACAACGCAUGCGUCAUGGAGGAUCCUGCCGAGAGCUUUGAGCGCGAACUCACCCAGGCGAGAUAG